AGUUUAUAAAUUAGUCCCCUCUCGCUGUCUAAACAGCUGAUUACAGAUAGAGAAAAGAGAGAGCUAACCAUGGAGGAUACUAGGCAGAUCAAGAAAAUGAGAGUUCUAAUGUUUCCAUGGUUUGCUCAUGGUCACAUAACUCCAUUCCUAGAGCUAGCCAAGAAGCUCUUUCUUAGAAACUUUCACAUAUAUUUUUGUUCUUCUCCUGUAAAUCUCAAUUCCAUUAAACAAAAACUUUUUUCAGAUCCAAAAUUUUCCAAUCAUUCUAUAGAAUUAGUUGAGCUUCAUCUUCCAUCACUUCCAUCACUUCCUCCUCACUACCACACCACCAAUGGCCUCCCACCACAUCUCAUGCCCACCCUAGAUAAAGCCAUAGACAUGGCCAAGCCUAGCUUCAACAAAAUCCUUGAAACCUUAAAACCGGAUUUGGUCAUUCGUGAUUUUGCUCCAGCUUGGGUUCCUGAUCUAGCUUCUUCUCUGAAAGUCCCAACCAUUGUGUUUAUAACUAGUGGAGCAGCACUUGUCUCUUUUUCCCUUUAUUGUUUGAAGAACAAAGGUGGUGAUGAUUAUCAUCAUCAUGAUCAUGUAUUUCCAUUUCCAGAAGUUUAUCUAGAAAAUAUGAAAUCGCAAUUAGUCCAAAACAGUGAAAAAUCUUCAAUUAGGGCUUUCCAAUUCAAUGAAAGGUCUAGCAAUGAUAAUACCAUUUUGAUUAAAUCUUCUAGAGAGCUUGAAGGGAAAUACAUGGAUUAUAUUUCUUCUUCUUUUGGCAUGAAAGUUGUACCAGUUGGUCCUCUUGUUCCAUACUAUGUCCAUGAUGAUGAAGAAGGCAUGGAUAUUAUCAACUGGCUCAACAAGAAAGAAAAAUCAUCAACUGUGUUUGCUUGCUUUGGAAGUCAGUUUUAUUUGUCUAAGGAAGAUAUGGAGGAAAUUGCUUAUGGGUUAGAGCUUAGCAAGGUGAAUUUUAUUUGGGUUUUGAGGUUCGCAAAAGGAGAAGUAAUGAAGCUGGAAGAUGCUUUACCAAAUGGGUUUUUAGAGAGGGUAAGAGAUAAGGGAUUGAUUGUUGCAGAUUGGGCACCUCAACUAAAGAUUCUAAAGCAUUCAAGUAUUGGUGGGUUUGUCAGUCAUUGUGGAUGGAAUUCUUUGUUGGAGAGUAUAAAAUUUGGUGUCCCUAUUAUAGCAAUGCCUAUGCAAUUUGAUCAGCCAUUGAAUGCUAGACUUGUGGAAGAGUGUGGUAUUGGUUUGGAGGUUGAGAGAGACAAUAAUGGAAGGGUUGGAAGGGAAAAUUUGGCAAAAGUUAUAAGAAAAGUGGUGGUCGAAAAAAAUGGGGAUGGUAUAAGGCAAAAAGCUAAAGAGAUGGGAGAGAAUAUGGAAAAGAAAGAUGAUGAAGAGUUGGAUGGAUUGGUCAAAGAACUUUUGCAGCUUUGCCAAAAGGAAUGCAUGUGAUUGUUGAUAUUUCAUAUAUAUGUAGUAUGGGGACAAUGUGGUAAUUGGGAAAUGGGUUUUGAAUAAUUUUCAACGACUACGAAAUAUCAUCUAUGGUAUAUGAAUUUUUAUUUUUAUUUUUAUUUUUAUUUUAUUUUUGGUUUUUGGGUGAAAGAGUGUUAUGUAUUAUUGUUUAUGAUUUAAUAUUUGUCUUUGUUUUUCUACGUUUUCUUUGAUGAAAGUUUACCCUUUGUGUAA